GGGGAGAAUUAGAUGGAGAGUGACAGUAUGGGGAGAAUUAGAUGGUGAGUGACAGUAUGGGGAGAAUUAGAUGGUGAGUGACAGUAUGGGGAGAAUUAGAUGGUGAGUGACAGUAUGGGAUGAAUGGGAGUCUGGGCAUCCUUCACACUCACAGCAGUGCCCACCGGCAGGAAAUGGGAUGAAUGCAGGGGGGCCUCGUUACCUGUUUGCGCAUGACAUUCAUCACUCCCAUAAAACUCGCGAGCAGUUUAGCCUCUUCCCUGGCCGCAAAUUUAUUUUCGGUUUUCUUCUUGCUGGUGUUUUUUUCGGGCCCCUGAGCUGCCAUCUUUUAGCGAGGCCCACCCUUGCUCCCCUCCCUGAUAGCCCCCUUCCCUCCCCCGAAUGGCUCCUUACCCGCACACUAACCGAGCCCGCAAUCUCCUUUAACAACAAGAGCAGGCAUGGUAGCUGCUAGUUCCCAGUAGAUAAAACGCCGUGGGUGACGUCACGAACGUCUCGGGGAACGUCUCCGUCACGUGGCAUUCGGCACGUAUUCGGCGCCUUCGUCAAAUGGUUGUGACGCGGGGAUUGGAUGGAGCCGUACGCUACUACAGUGCUCCACUUAGUAGUUGUUUACGCUGACUAGCCUUAGGAUUUUUCUUUGGGGCAGGAUUUUAUUCAGUCUUCCCUUGCGGCUGCGAACCUGUUACAUACUCGCUGGUCUGUGUAAGUGCCUAGAUGACAUCGGUAACCAGCACCUCCCACCAAUGCACACCCAGUCCUUCUCAGUGGCUGCUGCUCUCUGAAAAAAAGAAAGUGAAAAAAAGAGAUGGCCGACGGCUACCAUGGCUUGCUGUAGCUGUAACAGGACAGGAAAUCAGGGAGGAGCGUGAUAAGAAAUGCUAAGAUAACAAAUAAAGUGGACCCAAAAGGAGACUGGAGGCUAAGCCGAGCAGAGGAGACUCACGUUCCUUGUUAAAGGGGAAGGAAAGUCUUUUUAACUUGGGGGUGCCAAAAUUUAGGCAUCCCAAGUGAUUUUAUUUACUUAACUGAUAACCCAGGCUGCUCCUCCUGUCAACAGAAAACUGCAUCGGCCCAGGGUUCUUCCAGAGAUCACCACAGAGUCAUUCUCUUUCCACUUCUUCAGACAUAACUGCACAGUGAUGUGAAAUAGCUGUUUUUUUUCUGUUGUUAAAGUAUGGCUUUUCACUCUGCUGUGUAUGCACAGCUGCGGGAAUAAAGAAUAAACAUGAACAGGAUCCCUCUGUGUAGCUCACUGGGCCUCUGCAGUUUUCUGUUGAUAGGAGCACCAGCCCUGGGUAUAUACAAUCACUUAGAGCUGCCUAACUUUUGGUACUUUCAAGUAAAAAACAGGCUUUCUCCUUUAAAGGUAAGUAAGGGUAACCUGAUAAUCAUAUUUAUGUAAUCGGUAUAGUAUUUGCCAUACUAUAAAAUUGUUUCUAUAAACUUGGUUAUCUUUAAUUUCAGAGGGUUGUUUUUUGAAUUGUUCAUUAAGCAUUUCUAAUAUAUUUUCCUUAGAUUGUGUAGUUAUUUUUAGAUCUAUAUUAAUAUAUUUGCCAUUUUCAGAGAUGUGCCUUGUUAAUGCUGACUAGUUAAAUCUCUGUAACCAGGUACCCCGAGACCAUCAUUUAUUUUUGGACAGUAACAUCAAAAAAAUUAAAAUGUAACAAAGUAAUAACAAUAUGAUGAACUGUGGCCCUACUUUGAUAGCACUGAUGUGCUUGUUUUAGAAACACUACUAAAGUUUAUACAAUCAACCUGCUGUGUAGCCAUGGGGGCAGCCAUUCAAAGCUGGAAAAAAGAAAAAAGGCACAGGUUUACAUAGCAGAUAACAGAUAAACUAUGUAGAAUACAAUGGGAUUCUAUAGAACUUUUCUGUUAUCUUCUAUGCCACCUGUACCUCUUCUCCUUUUUUCAGACUAAAUCGCUGUCCCCAUGUUUAUCUGUAUAAACUAUAGUAGCCUUUCUGAAGUAAACACACCAAUUUUACCAGUACAGGGCAACUGUACAUUACAUUUUAAUUAAUUGUAAACACUUUUUUAGUUUCGGUAGAACAAUUUUUUGGAUAUUUUUCCUUUCCAAAUGAAUUAAAAGUAUUGAGCAAAUUCACCAUAGGAUAGAUGCAUUUAAGAAAGAUCAACAUUUUUUAGAAGGCAGUCCUUCCUUUUAAAUCUAAUGGUGCAUUUUUCUGUUUAUUAUAAAAAUGUGCUGUCUUUUUUUUAUCAUUGGAAGUCAUCAAACAUAGAGCCAAUAAAGAUCUGCUGGAAGUUAUAUACCUAGAUUUUAGAUGUAAUAUUGUUUCUUUUCGAUACCUAGUUGCAAUAGGACUUUAGCAGAAGAAAGGCCUUAUAUAUUUAUUAGUUCAGUCUUUUGGGUUUAAACCCAGAAAUAGACUCAAAGUUUGUAAUAUUGAGAAGAUAUUUUUAUAUCAUAUAUAUUAUGAGAAGGAUUUUUCACAAUUAAGAAAACUCAAAUGCUGGUAAACACAAGGAUAGAUUAUUAAUAUCCAGAGCAGGUAAUCAGGAGGACAUCUUGAGAUAUCUGAUGAGGGAUUCCAAUGUUAUGUUGAACAGUAGCAGUGAGGGAGGCCAACCCUGUCCAGUCCCUGUUUUUAGGUGGAUUACUCCUCACAUUUCAUCAGCUGCGAUUUUAUGUGUCUUCGAAGAAGUGUAUAGCAGCUGAAAAAUAUUCCAUCACUAGCAGAUGCCAUAGCGGGCACUAUUGCUACUUCUAUUGUGAAAGCUAUGUCAAAGGUUCAGGAGGUUCCAGUGUAAAAACACAAGCGCACACUAUCUAAGCGUGACGAUAUACCCUCCCGCACUUCUCACUCUCCAGAUGUAUCUGAAAGCUAGGGAUCCAACAGGGAUGUAUUUUCGUCCCCUGCCCAAUCAGACGAUGACGACAACGACGAGGAAGAAAAUACCAGAGAGAAGGAUACCUCUCACGACAUUGACGGCAUUAUCAUGGCCGUCAUUGAGGUGCUAAAGCUUGACUCCAACGCAGAUUCCUCAUAUCAUAAAGGUCUUUUUAAAAGAAAGAAAAAAAUCUGCAACCUGCUUUCCCUCGCAUGAACAUCUGACAGCGGUAAUCCAGGAUGAGUGGAAUUUGCCAAAAAGGGCGUUUCAGGCAUCACGCAGGUUCUCCAAGUCCUACCCCUUUCAAAGGAGUUUGUGGAGAAGUGGUCCAUUCCACCACUAGUAGAUGCGCCAGCCUCACACCUUUCCAAAACAACUACUCUACCAGUCAUGGACGCAGCCACCUUCAAGGAUACUACAGAGAAGAGGUUGGAAGGAUCCCUAAAAGCGAUCUUCUCAGUUGCAGGAUCAGCUCUUCGGCCAUCCCUAGCCUCAGCAUGGGUGAACAGGGCCAUAGAAGCAUGGGCAACCUCGCUCAUACUGGGCACACCCAAGGUAGAACUCAUUCACACUGCUCGUUGCAUAGCAGAAACCAAUGCAUUCUUAUGCAAAGCAGUUCUGGACACGGCGCAGCUCAUAGAACGUACCUCGGCACUAUCAGUGGCAGCACCGUGGACCUUAUGGCUAAAGAACUGGUCAUCCGACAUCAGUUUCAAGAAAUUCUUUACAAUUUUACCCUUUCAGGGUCUUCGACUGUUUGGGGAAAAAAUUAUCAGGCGACAGGGGGUAAGAGGGGUGAUUUUUUUUUUGUGGCCAAAGCAGCAGGUCGACAAAAAAAUCAAACUCUCAAAAUCAAAUUCAGGUCAUCCUUUCGCUCCAAACCAUCAGACAAACCUCGUUCAGGAUGGAUACCGAACAAGCCCCAAGGCAAGGUCACCCAUGACAAGCCCUCAUCGGCAUGACUGGGCACCCCCUCCGGGGUCACAGAAGCACAUAGGGGGACAGCUUCUCCGUUUCUGGGAGGCAUGGCUACGCCACUCUUCAGAUUCCUGGGUGAAGGAUAUAGUCACAGACGGCUAUCACAUGCACUUCGCUUCUCUUCCCCACAGGAGAUUCUUCAUGUCAAAAGUCCCGUCCACUCCAAGCAGAGCUCAGGCCUUCCAGGAAUGUGUCAGAUCUCUUUGGAACCUAUGGGUAAUCGAACCAGUCCCAUCACAAACGAGAUUUUACGACUACUAUUCCAAUCUCUUCAUAGUUCCAAAGAAGGACAACACAUUCAGACCAGUGCUGGACCUCAAAGAAUUGAACCUCUUGAUCAGAUUUGUGCAGUUGAAGAUGGAAACCUUGUGCUCCGUAAUCUGGGGAAUGGAACCAGGACAACUGCUGGUGUCCUUGGGCAUCAAAGACACUUAUCUCCAUGUCCCCAACUGGCCACCACACCACCAAUACCUCCGAUUUGCCUUUGGCAAGCGGCAUUUCCAGUUUGUAGCACUCCCGUUCAGGCUAACCUCAGCGCCAUCCGUCACACAGGAUGAUUUUCCUCGGGUUGGAAUGCGACACGCUGGAACAGAGAGUGUUCCUACCACAAGAGAAGCAACUCAAGCUCCGCAACCAGAUUCAGCAUUCCAGACAUUCUCUCCUUUUUACAAUGAGGGAUGGACGAAGGCCUUAAGCUAGGUUCACUGAAGGUCCAGGUAUUGGCAUUGUCUCUACUUUUUCAGCUCAGAUUGGCUCUUGAUUCUGUGAGAACGUUCCUACAAGGGGUGGCCCAUAUAGCCCCCCCCCACGACAAACACCAGUUCCCACAUGGGAUCUCAACAUUUUUCUGGACGCACUCCUGGACCCCCAAUUUGAGCCACUAGGCUCAGUCGAACCAUCAUGGAUGAUCUGGCACUUCGUACCAAUCUGAAAUUCUCGCCAAAGGUCGUUACAUCCUUUCAUCUCAACCAAGACAUAGUAGUGCCAUCCCUAUGUCCGGAGCCCAAGAACGGCUGCACGGCUUUGAUAUGGUCCGGCCCCUAAGAAUAUAUCUGUCACGAUCCAAAGUGUCUCGCAAGUCAGAUUGUCGGCUCGUCAUUUCAGACAACCAGAGCAGUGGGGGCAACAUGGGCCUGGUGCAACUCUGCCUCGGCUGAGCAGAUCUGCAGAGCGGCCAUGGUCAUCAAUUCACACUUUCCAAAAGUCCCCCUGUUGACUACAGAGAAACGGAUUUACUAGUAGGUUAGUUAUGUGCGGGUAGGCCCAAUACCUGCGGGUUAACACAUGGGUCUGGCGGGUUCGGCCCCGCUUCUCCAUUUGUGGGUGGCAGUUUCUGACUUCCUGCAUGAUUUUUUAAAGAUGCGCGCCUCCCCUUUUGUGAUGUCAUCAGCUGAGCUGGACGGGUCGGCACAGGGCCUUAAAAUGGAAGCAGGGAGCUGGGCGGGUUAGGGUCGGAUGCGUGUAAAACCCGACCCGAACAUCACUACGGUAGGUACAUAAAUCCUAUUUUAUGUGCCAAUUACAACCAAUGCAUUUUUUAACAUGUUUUGCAAUGUAGAUAAUCUUUAUACUAGUAUUUCUUCCCAGAUCUUCCUUUUUCAAGGCUCUUCUUUCCAGGGGUGAUAUGCUUCAGAGGAGUUUUAAUAAACCAUUUUGGGAUCUUUUAUCACCUUAGUAAGAGAAAUUAGGCUUGAUGUCAAAGGUUGUUUUGAGAAACAACGGUAUUAAGCAAAUGGGUCAAGAAAAGAGAAAUUCAAUUGAUUAACUAUUUGGUAAGGGGGUUGUUCACAUUUUAACAUCUGUCCAAACAUAAACAGUCUGGUCAUUAAAGCAUUUUUCUUAACCAUCUUUAUUAUUUAAAAUAAACUCUUUUUUUAAAUUACAGAUCACUUUAGCUGCAGGUCAGAAGCUCUUAAAGAGAUACUGACACCAGAAUUUAAACUAUUUUUUACAUCUGUCAUAAUAUUGCCUUUGAAAGC